CCAUUUUAAAGACUUAUGACCGUUGCGGCAUCCCCAGGAUCAACAUUCAGACGCUUGGCCACCGACUCCUAUUUACGACGGUUGCAGCGUCCCCCGUAUCUCUCCGUUCAUCCUGCUUCCUGCCGCGGCUUCAGGAUCAUGGCCUCAAAGCCACAGCAGCAACAGCAGCCGUCGCAGCCACAGUCCAAUUCCUUGCCCGCCUACGAAACCUUGAAGUUGGAACGGGUCCGCGAGAAAGUCCUGCACGUGGAGCUCAACCGCCCCGAGAAAAGGAACGCCAUGAAUACCGCCUUUUGGAGAGAGAUGGUCGAAUGCUUCAACAAGAUUGGCCAGGACUCUGAAUGCCGCGCAGUGGUGAUCUCGGGCGCUGGGAAAAUGUUCACUGCAGGCAUCGACCUCAUGGAGAUGGGCAGCGUUUUCCUGAUGGCAGAAGGUGACGACGUGGCUCGGAAGGCUUGGAACAUCCGCAAGAAGAUCCGAGACUACCAAGAAUCCUUCACGGUCCUGGAGAAGUGUCCCAAACCCAUCAUUGCAGCCGUUCACGGAGCCUGCAUCGGAGGAGGUGUGGAUCUCGUUUCGGCCUGUGAUAUUCGCUACUGCACGCAGGACGCUUGGUUCCAGGUGAAGGAAGUGGAUAUCGGGCUGGCAGCCGACGUUGGCACAUUGCAGCGUUUGCCACAGAUCAUUGGAAAUCGGAGCCUAGUGAACGAGCUGGCUUUCACUUCCAGAAAGCUGAUGGCUCCGGAAGCCGAGAGCUGCGGCCUUGUAAGCCGUGUCUUCCGAGAUCACGAGACGAUGCUGCAGAGCGCCUUUGAUUUGGCCAGCGAAAUUGCCAGCAAGAGCCCCAUCGCGGUGCAGGGGACAAAAAUGAACCUCCUUUACGCCCGAGACCAUUCGGUGGCCGAGAGCUUGAAAUACAUGGCCGCCUGGAAUAUGAGCAUGCUUCAAACGGAGGACAUCAUCAAGUCCGCCCAAGCUGUGAUGGAGAAGAAGUCCCCCAAGGACGUGGUCUAUUCCAAACUCUAGGUGGCAACCUGUCCUGAAGCAAUUGGCUCACACACGGUACCUUUACAGAGGCCGAGCUCGGACACAAGCAAGACAACAGUAGCAUCAAGUGCCUUUGAAUCACUCACCUCCUGCCUCUUCCCUUCUGGCUCACCUGCCGAUUUCUUUUUUUUGGGGGUGCUGUGAAGCGAAAGCCCCCCCCCUUUGAAACGGGGGGGGGCGUUUUCCCAAGCACGCAGGUUAGCAGCGGAGGAGCGUAUAUGAAUGUAGACGCUGAAAAAGCUUUAAAAAAAAGAUUAAAUCCUGUUUUCAUUGUA